GAAGCAAUCAGUUUUAAAGGCCUCUGCUCUUAAGGUGUGGUGUGGUAUGUGUGAGAUGGCGAUGGGAACGGAGGAGAGAGAAGAAGAAGCACUAUACCAAUACGAAUAUGGCUAUGACUAUGGUAUUGGUAGCGCUCUCUACUUGGUUCACAGCCCAUCAACCAUUUCCCAUGCACCAAAUACCAAUCGUCUAGCUCUAACUCACUCUUCUUCUCAAUCUCAACCCACCAACAAAUAUUCACAAAAGUUUGAUGUGGACAUCCAUGAAAUUGAAAGCACCAACUGGACUAAGUAUUUAUCCUUGAGUUAUUCCAAUUCGGGGGCUUGGAUUUUGAUGCAGUUGGCCUGGAGAUUUUUGGUCAGUUUCGUGAUUGCUAUGCUCGUUUUCUACCUUGCUGCUAAGCCGCCUCAUCCCCACAUUUCCCUUCAGGUUGCAGGAAUCCGACAGUUCAGAUUAGGAGAGGGAGUGGAUGCCUCUGGUGUCACAACCAAGUUACUAAGCUGCAAUUUUUCAAUCAAUCUUAUAGUAGACAACCACUCCAACCUCUUUGCUCUUCACAUCCACCCUCCUAUCAUCAAAUUAAUCUUUGGUCGUCUCACUUUUGCAAUCUCACAGAUACAGGGAAGAGAACUUUAUGCUGGGAGUGAUGCUUUGACAGUGCUGAGGUUUAAUAUUGGGACCAAAAAUAAGGCCAUGUAUGGUGCAGGGAGAAGCAUGCAAGAUUUCUUAGAAUCUGAAAAGGGGCUUCCUUUGGUAAUUAGAGUGAGCUUGAGAUCAAAAUUCAAUGUGAUUUGGGGGAUUUUGGAAACCAAAUAUCAUCAUGAAGCACAAUGUUUGGUGGUCCUAGAUAAUAGUUAUGAUAAGAAACAUAGGACCCAGGUCUAUAAUAGCACAUGUCAUGUAAUUAAUUCAUAGCGGAGUAUUAAUUAUGCCUCAUUUCUCA